CUUACUUGAGUGGCAAACUCCAGCCACGGCAGACGUGUUUUCAUAUUUAAAAAAAUAAAAGAAAAUCUCCUUUUUUAAUUUAAUUUGUCUUUUGGAGAAACAAAAAUUAACUUAAAACAAGUUAAUAAAUUAACAUUAAAGUUCAAGUGUUUAUUUAUUGCUUUCAAAUAAAAACAAAAGAGAUUUUCAAUUUUUGUUUCGUUUAAAUUUAGUUUAAAUAAAGUUUUAAGUGAAAAGUGUCAUGAAAAUAUUUUUAAUGGUGAUAUUUAUUAACUUAGUAAUUAUUUUAAAUUGUUUUACGAACUUAAAUUCGGAUGACUUUAAAACAAAAAGGAAAUAACUUUCCCACUGGUGUUUUAAAAGUUUAUAUUAGUUUCCUUGAGUUUUUACAACUAUUGAUUCGUGUAAUAGUGUAAUAUACAUUUGUGUGUUUUGUGGUGUUAUAAUUACAUUCGUAAUGGUUUAUAAAUAUAUAUUAGUGUUGUUUUUUGUCUGUGCCGUACGCUGUUUGGGAAGAGACAACCCUUGCAAGUUCAACAGUACGGCCGGGAUAUGCAAGUCCAUCGACGAUUGCGCCUUCGCCAGGAAACUGUUGUAUGAGGAUGAGAAGAAACCACCUAUGUGCAAAUGGGAGGGCGACCUGCGCAUCGUGUGCUGCCCCACAACCGACCAGUUCCACGCGACCGGCAUCUUCAAGGACUUCUUCUACGACACCAACCAGGGCAUCAAGCUGUCCAAGGAUAUGUCGUGUCGCUACAGCGGGGUACAGCCAGUGCUGUGCUGUCCCAAGCCCAGGGAGCGCGCGAUGCCCCCCGAGCCGCCCGCCUGCCCCCCGCUGAGCAGACCCCGCCUCCGCACCGCGCAGCACUUCGCUUGGACAAAAUGCCUGGACUACCAGAGAUUCUUCAAUAAGUGCGUCUCCAAGGUGACCAAUCCUAGGCAGUACGUGAGAGUUGACACCUGUGGACGAGACACCUUCAGGAUCGCGGGAGGGUCGGAGGCUAAUCCUAAGGAGUUCCCGCAUAUGGCAGUGCUGGGGUGCCGGAAUGCGGUACCUGAUGAGGAGGAGGUGGUGUGGAUCGGGGGUGGCUCCCUCAUCAGCGAGAAGUUCAUACUGACGGCUGCUCACGUGUUGGUCUCGCCCACACAUGGAGUGAUAAAGUUCGCGUUGCUGGGGACGGUGAACAAGACGGACCACAGGUCGGGGAUGCUGUACAACAUCGUGCGACGCAUCCCGCAUCCGACCUACCAGCCCAGCUCACUGAACUACGACAUAGCGCUGGUCGAGCUGGAGAGGCCGGUAUUCUUUUCCGAGUUCAUCAGACCAGCCUGCCUGCCCGUGCCCGGGAGAGAGAUAGAGUCGGAGCGGAUCAUAGCGGGGUGGGGGGAGACCGGCUUCAGGACCAGAGCUGAACUACUGCUCACUGCCGAGUUGCUGGAGGACAGUGAACUCUGCGCUGGCAAGUUCGAAGGGAAGAAUUUCGAGUGGAACCCUCGCUCCAUGAUCUGCGCCGUGGGGAAGAAGGCGAUUACCAAGCCGCACCAUGCGGACUCCUGCAAGGGUGACAGCGGCGGACCACUCAUGGCUCUGAUGAAGAGCAUAAAGUGCAGCUACUCCGUGGAGGGGGUCGUGUCCCGGGGCCCGCGGAGCUGUGGCCAGGGGCACCCCGGGAUAUACACCCGCGUGUCGCACUACCUGCCCUGGAUACUGGAGAAUGUGUGGCCAAACAAGCACUAGACGCUGCACCAUAUGUUUCACUGAGGUGGCCAACUUUCUGAAAAUUGAAUGCGGGACUUUUUGUGGGGGGGCGGUUAAAGUUUACCAAAAUAGGGAUGAUGACAGUUUUUUUAAUUGUAUAUAAAUUAAGAGUAUGCCAACAGUAAAGCAUUUUUGUAAAAGAAACAGGGUAGGUAUCUGCGAUCAUUACUUUCGGAGCUACAGGGAUUUAAAGGGUCAGAUUUGCGGCGCUGCCGCGGGUCCCUGAAAAACGCCCCAUACAAAAUGGCAGGAACUAAUGACGUCGUAGGUACAUAAUGAUCAUUAGAUAUGGGUGUUCAAACAAAAUUACUAAUAUCUUUGUUAUUUGUACGUUUAUGUUUAUAGUUCAUAUUAAAAAAUGUCACAUUUAAUAUAAGGAAGCUAAAACUGUAUAAAUUUUCAUCUAAUUACGAUAAAAGAUUUUUAAUAGAUUUGAAAUUUUAUAAUCUCAUUUAUUUUGUAAAUAUCCAGUCAAUCAUUGCUUUUUUAUGUAUAAAUUAGUUAACAAUGACCCGAAUAUUUAACCGAAGGUAUCAUAAAAAUCAAUAUAUUGAAACCUAGUCAUCAUCCCCAUUAAUCGCGCGCUUCUCUCGCUCUUACGCCUCAUGUGUUCUGUAGAGAGAAAGAGAGAACGAAAUCACGUGUUACGCUUGCCGCGUGUCGCUAUUGUUCGUGUGGGUGUUGUGUAUGUGUGUGUCGUGUGGUAGAAAAUGCGGGACAUGCGGGACGCAUCCAACGUUUUGCGGGACUAUUUUACUAAUUAUUUCGGGACGGUCCCGCAGAAUACGGAACAGUUGGUCGCCUUAUGUUUCACCCUUUUAUUACCAUCAUCGUGACGUGAUAGCCCAGUAGGUGUGGCCUCUACCUUCGAUUUGGAGGGUGUAGGUUCGAAUCCUGGGCAUGCAUCUCUGACUUUUCAGUUGUGUGCAUUUUAAGAAAUUACUUAACUCGUGUCUCAAAGGGUGAAGGAAAAAGCAUCGUGAGAAAACUUGUGUGAAGUCUGCCAAUCCGCAUUUGGCCAGCGUGGUGGACUAAGGUCUAACCUCUCAUUUUGAGAUGAGACUCGUGCUCAAUAGUGAGCUGAAUAUGGAUUGAUGAUGAUGAUGACUAACACCAUCUUCAUUAUCAACCUAUGUAACGGCUUAUUAAAGCGCAUUGAUCCUUAUAGGAGACGGGAUAUGAAGCUUAACCCACCACGCUCCAAUGCAGGCUUAUCGUUUAACUAGCGGACGCCCGCGACUUCGUCCGCCCUCAGACCUCUUUAAUCCAGCCCUUACAGUAGUAUCGCUGUAAAAAUGGAGUAACUUCUCCCGUUUUCCCAACAUUUCCCUUCACUGCUCUGUUCCUAUUGAUCGUAGCGUGAUGAAAAGUAUAUAACCUGCCUCUGCCUUUGAAAUAUAGAUAUCUGUAAGGGUAAAGGCCUCCUCCAGCGGAUUCCACUCCUCCCUGUCCCGUCCCACCUUCAUCCACUUCUUCCCUGCUAUUUGGACAAUGUCAUCAGUCCAUGGGUUUCAGGUCUGCCAACUACCUUUUCCCUGGUAGAUCUAGCCAUUUAGUGAUACUAUGUAUCCAUCUGUUGCCACUUUAGUUUUAAAGGCGCGCAGCGCGUCGGUUCGAUAUGGAUAAAAUUCGAAGCGCAAGCGAGACGCCGAAAUAUGACUUUCACGUGAGUGAAAAGCACGGAGCGAUUGACAAAUUUUAUGACGUGAGCGCCAAAACCAUUUUUACCUAAUUGCAAGUAAAUUAAACAACAUAACGAAAAACAAAAUGGCCAUGUUCAAGAUAUAUACCUAAUUUUCUAUACAAAACAAAAAUUUAAGAAAUAAGUUUGCUUUUCCUGAGAUUGAAAGCAAAAUAUGUAUUUUUCAAAAAAAUAAACUAUCGAGAGUUUUACAAAUUGUGUAUUUUAUAUAGUCAUAACGAAGCUAACACUUUGAAAUAUCAUUUACCCAAAUAUCAGGCUUCUAACUUUUCCAGAAUCUGAGAUCCAGAACCAUUUGUAACCACCAAAUUACAUAUAGCACACUCUUAAAGCACGUAGAACAUGCUUUAGGCGUCUGUAAUUUUGGUUUUUUCUCUGAUUUUUUCAUGUCUAAGUUUAAAGAUUAUUUUCAAUUUCAGUAUACUACUCCAUUGCUCUCUGACGUGACCUUACAUUACAUUUGGUUUUGUCAUCAAAAAUCCAUGUUUCACAUGCGUAUGUUAGGCAUGGCAUGAUAUGUGCCCAUUACAAUAAUGUGCUCAUGUACUUGGGAAUCAAUUUGUUGUAUUUUAAAGCUUUUUUAACUCGAAAACUACUCGUGCGAACUCUUGUUGUCUUGAAAACUCUCGUGCGAAUGAGGACUAGAGAUUUUUUUAUAUUUAUUUUCUGUAGGUAUUAGGAAAAUAAUAAACGUAUAAUUCCGAA